UAAAGUUUCGUCAUUCAAAACCACUAUUCCCAGCGCUUCCCUCCCUCCUCGCAGCUCCUCCUCCGCCUGCGCCGCCCUUCUUCAGCGGCCGGAGAGGCGCGAGCGCCCGCACUUCGAAAGGAUGGCGGGGCCUCCGGCAUCUCUCUCGGCACGGGACGUAGGGUCGUUUGCAUAUCUUACAGUUAAAGACAGGAUACCACAGAUCUUAACCAAGGCUAUUGAUUCAUUACACAGACAUAAAAAUGAACUUUUUGAGAAACAUGGAGAGGAGGGUAUGGAAGCUGAAAAGAAAGCCAUUUCUCUUCUCUCUAAAUUACGAAAUGAAUUACAAACAGAUAAACCAAUUACUCCUUUGGUUGAAAAGUUUGUUGAUACUGACCUGUGGAAUCAAUACCUGGAAUAUCAACAGAGCCUUAUAAGUGAAAGUGAUGGGAAAGCCAGGUGGUUUUACUCACCCUGGUUGUAUGUAGAAUGUUACAUGUAUCGUAGAAUUCACGAAGCCAUAAUCCAGAGCCCGCCAAUUGACUACUUUGAUGUAUUUAAAGAAUCCAAAGACCAAAAUUUCUUUGAGUCGCAGGAGUCAGUCAUCACUCUGUGUACACACCUGCAGGAGCUGAAGAGCAGGAUGGAACACCUUGGCAGAGAGCAGCUGAAAAAUGAGUUCUUCAGGCUCCUUCAGAUCUCACUGUGGGGAAAUAAGUGUGAUCUGUCUCUAUCGGGAGGAGAAACUAGUGCUCAGAGGAGCAAUAUAAUACACUCUUUGGACGACCUAAAACCUUACAUUUUAGUCAAUGACACGGAACGUCUUUGGUCAUUACUUAGCAGUUGUAAAGAAACGGAGAAAGCUUCUGCAGUUACGGUGGCUAUUGUUCUGGAUAAUUCUGGGUUUGAACUCGUUACAGAUUUAAUAUUAGCUGACUUCUUGUUGUCCUCAAAACUGGCAACCGAGAUCCAUUUCUAUGGAAAAACUAUCCCAUGGUUUGUUUCUGAUACAACUAUACGUGAUUUUGAGUGGUUAAUUAAACAAGUUAAGUGCUCUGAGCAUAAGUGGGUGUCCAGGUGUGGGGUGGACUGGAAAAACUAUGUGAAAACAGGUGAGUGGGUUUACCUUGACCAUAUGUUUUGGACCCUGCCUCAUGAAUUCUGUGCCAUGUCACAAGUCGCUCCUGACUUGUAUGCUCAACUGCAGAAGGCACAUUUGAUUUUAUUCAAGGGUGAUCUGAAUUACAGAAAGUUGACAGGCGACAGAAAGUGGGAGUUCACCACUCCAUUCCACCAGGCCUUGAAUGGCUUCCACCCUGCUCCGCUCUGCAGUGUGAGAACGUUAAAGGCUGAGGUCCAGGUUGGUCUUCAGCCUGGGCAAGGGGAACAGCUGACCGCGGCUGACCCCAACUGGCUGACCACGGGGAAAUACGGAAUAUUUCAGUUUGAUGGUCCACUUUGACGUGACGUAGGAGCCCUGAAUGUGGUGGAGGGGUCUUGCCGGGCUCUUUGCCUCCCUAGAGAAGCAGUGUGAACUCCAUCACUUGCCCACCAUCUGCUCUGAGUCUCUGCGCUUAUACGCUUGGGAUGCUUUUCUUUGGGUGGGGGGAAGAUUUUGCCCUGCUAAAUUGUUCUGGGGAUAGAGGGCGUAAGGUAGUCACAGGUGUUUCCAUUUAAACUGGAAUUAGUCACUUCAAGUUAAAAGUAUCAUUUCAAGUCUCUUUAAUGAAUGUGUUUUUAAUUGUGUAGAAAGCAAGUUAGCUAACAUUGCUUUUAAUACUGUAUUGCAUGACAUUUAAUAUUUUAGGGAGCAUGGAGUUUUAUUUAACCUAAUUUGAGGUUCUAGAAAUACAGGCUCCAUGAAGACAUGGAUGCUUUAUUACGAGCGGCUUUUCUUGCAACUGUGAUGUUUGAACACGUGAAAGCAAAACUUACCUCAUUAUGUUAUAUAUAACUUGUUCUCCUUGAAUUUUAUUUUGUCUCAAUAGCCUAUUUUAUUUGCAUGUAUUUGUGCUUUGAUUGACCUGUGCAAUGGGUGGUAGGAAACACAGCCAGGAUGAAACAACUGGUACUUGAAGGAAUGUGAUAUAGCUUCCGCCCUGUUAGCAUCGCCAUAAUCAACUGAAAUAUGUUACUUUCAAGAGUGCUUUAAAUGAGCAAAUUUUUAGAUUGCUCUGCAGUUUAAAAAAUUGCUUUAAAUAGAAAAAAGUUCUUGUGCAUUGAAUUUGGAGUACUACCAGCCAUGAGUUCUUUUUAAAAAACUGUUCUUACACACUGAUUGGUGAUCACCAGUUUUUAAAAGCUAAACUUCAGGCCAUUUUAUUUUGAAACUGAAGUGGGGAAUAAAUCUGGAAUUUUUUUUUGUACUAGAAUAAUAAAGUGAGUUAAUUGUACAGCUGAGUUCGUGGGUUUUACUUUCCAGUGGAGGAAAGUCAAGCAGGGAAGAUAAAAAUUGAGAUAAUAAAGAAACUCAUAAUGUGUAUUACAGAGGUUGCCAAGGCAGAUUUUGUAUCACUUGUGAUAGUCUAAGCCUUUGUUAAAGUAUGUGAGAACAACUUUUGUAAAAUGUUUAUUUAAAGCUACUGUUUCAAAUUUACUGUUUCCUAAUCUACAUAGGCCCUUUAACGGUUUGCAGACACUUGAUGUAAAAUAGGCCACACUUGUGUACUUGCGGUGACCUGAGCUGGUGUAAGCAGCUACUGUGUGAUUCAUUGCAAUUUCAGAGCCUGGAUUUUUCUGCCUUUACUAUAUUUUAUUAAAAACAUGAAAUGAG